CAAGAUCAUUAGCUCCAUGGUGUGCACCUUUGUAAUGAUCGUUGUUGUAUACACCUUCCUAUCAUGGGCCUCACAAGCCUACCUGCCUGUACGGGUUAGAGAUCGUUGCGCAAGGUGGGGUACCUUCAAGUACCGCACCACAGCAUCAUUAUUGUCUGCCCAAACUUUCGCCUCGAGCUCCUGUAGACAAAACCAAUUAAGUCUGGAGGUGCAAUGAGAAAUUACAGUGUCACCCUAGCGCUCAGCGCGUUGCUCCCGACACUCGCCUUCUCGCUGCCAUCUAAACCCUCUUUGACAUGGGACAUAAAACCGACAAAUAGCACCCGACAAUUCCGCGGUCUUUCUCCAAUCUCGCGUGACGUAGCCUGGAUUUCAGGCACAAACAGCACCGUCCUCCUCACCACCAACGGCGGCAGAUCAUGGACCAACGCAUCACCCUCCCUCUUCCCAGAAAACUCCACGCUCUUCCAAUUUCGCGACAUCGAAGCUUUCUCUCCUGAAUCCGCCGUUGUCUUGUCCAUCGGCGAAGGAAAUGCAAGCCGGAUCUACAAGACCAUUGACAGUGGAAAGACCUGGAGACCAACAUUUAUCAACACCGAACCAGCUGCGUUCUACGACUGCAUGGCGUUCGAGAACAAAAAGCACGGCCUUGCGGUGAGCGAUCCGGUGGAUGGCAAGUUCAGACUCAUUGAAACGUGGGAUGGCGGCGCGACGUGGAGGAUUGUCGAUCCUGCCGGGAUUCCUGCUGCACUAACUGGCGAGUUCGGAUUCGCGGCGAGUGGGACGUGUAUUGAGGCUGCUGCAGGGCGAUGGUACGUCGCGAGCGGAGGUGUUGAUCCGGGACGUAUUUAUUGGAGCAAAGACGGGCAAAAGUGGAAGUUUAGCAAUAGCUCGAUUGCGGGCGGCGCAGCGGCUGGCGUUUUCUCGGUGAGAUUCAGGGACGAGGAGAAUGGCAUCGCUGUCGGUGGGAAUUAUGAGAAGCCUGCAGGCAACGUCGAUAAUGCCGCGUGGUCGAGCGACGGCGGUAAGACAUGGCACAAGGCAGAGAGCUUUCCUGGGGGGUACAGGUCUGGUGUAUCCUGGGUACCUGGGCGACAUCGUACCGCAGUGGCAGUAGGGACGUCUGGCUCAGAUAUAACGUACGAUGGUGGCAGGACUUGGCAGACAAUUGGGAAUGGGACGUUCGAUGCCGUUGAAUGCGUGAGCAAGGACGCAUGCUGGGCGUCCGGGUCAGGCGGUCGAGUGGCGCGUUUGAAGCUCUAGACAUUGUAACGGCAUUAAGGAGUACGUAUUGCAAAGAAGUAUUGCCACCAGGAUGCAUAGAGUCCUAUGGGUCUCGUUUUCGGUUCAAAUAUACAUUAAACAGUAUUUACAUAUGGAAGUGAGUAAGUGCACCUCUCCUUCAUUCGCAGGCUUGCGCGUU